CCGGGCCGCUACCGUCGCCUCAGCCAGCGCCGCCGCUCCAGCGAUGUCCAGCGAUGGCCUGGGCUGCUGGCCACCACUCACACGCGGUGGCUGGCCCAGUGGUGUGCAGGGGCUGCCUUCCCUGAGUGCUUGGAACCAGAACCAGCCUGCUGCCCUGACGGCUGGAGCCCCAGGCUGCUGAAAGCUAUUGCCAAGUCCAGCCUCCAGCACAUGGUAGCCCAGCCAAAUCCCGCACUAGCCCUGAGGAGUGACUCAGAGAGGCAGAUACGCAGCACUGUGGACUGGAGCGAGACUGCAGUCUAUGGGGAGCACAUCUGGUUUGAGACCAAUGUCUCUGGGGAUUUCUGCUACGUUGGGGAGCAGAACUGCAUGGCCAAGCUGCUGCAAAAACCUCUCUCCAGGCGUAAGUGUGCAGCAUGCAAGAUCAUAGUGCAUACACCCUGCAUAGAACAGCUGGAGAAAAUAAAUUUCCGCUGCAAACCUUCCUUCAGGGAGUCGGGAUCACGGAACGUACGGGAGCCCAUAGUUGUCCGACAUCACUGGGUGCAUCGGAGGCGACAGGAAGGGAAAUGCCGGCAGUGUGGCAAGGGUUUCCAGCAGAAGUUUGCCUUCCACAGUAAGGAGAUUGUAGCCAUCAGCUGUUCUUGGUGCAAGCAAGCGUAUCACAGCAAAGUGUCAUGUUUCAUGCUGCAACACAUCGAAGAGCCCUGCUCACUAGGGGCUCACGCUGCUGUUGUUGUUCCACCCACCUGGAUUUUGCGGGUCCGACGGCCCCAGAAUCCAAUGAAAUCCAGUAAGAAAAAGAAGAGGACAUCAUUCAAGCGAAAAUCCAGCAAGAAGGGUGCUGAGGAAGGGAGGUGGAAACCUUUUGUCAUCAAGCCCAUGCCAGCUCCUCUCAUGAAGCCCUUGCUGGUGUUUGUGAACCCCAGGAGUGGUGGGAAUCAGGGAGCCAAGAUCAUCCAGUCCUUCAUGUGGUAUCUCAACCCACGGCAAGUUUUUGACCUCAGCCAGGGCGGUCCCAAGGAGGCGCUGGAGUUGUACCGCAAGGUCCACAACCUACGGAUCCUGGCAUGUGGGGGAGAUGGCACGGUGGGCUGGAUUCUCUCCAUUCUAGACCAGCUGCGCCUCAAUCCACCUCCUCCUGUGGCCAUUCUGCCGCUGGGGACAGGCAAUGAUUUGGCCAGGACACUGAAUUGGGGCGGGGGUUACACAGAUGAGCCUCUGUCCAAGAUCUUGUCACAUGUAGAAGAUGGGAACAUUGUGCAGCUUGAUCGCUGGAACCUCCAUGUGGAAGCAAACCCUGAAGCAAACCCUGAGGAAAAGGAUGAGACAGCUGCUGACAAGCUUCCCCUGGAUGUCUUUAAUAACUACUUUAGCCUUGGUUUUGAUGCGCGGGUGACGCUGGAAUUUCAUGAAUCCCGAGAGGCCAAUCCAGAGAAGUUCAACAGUCGGUUUCGGAAUAAAAUGUUCUAUGCUGGGACGGCUUUCUCCGACUUCCUCACAGGGAGCUCCAAAGAUUUAGCGAAGCACGUCAAGUUGGUUUGUGAUGGGGUGGACCUGACCCCCAAGAUCCAGGACCUGAAACCCCAGUGUUUGGUCUUCCUGAACAUCCCCAGAUACUGUGCAGGCACGAUGCCCUGGGGCAACCCUGGAGAGCACCACGACUUCGAGCCGCAGCGCCAUGAUGAUGGUUGCAUUGAAGUCAUUGGCUUCACCAUGACAUCCCUGGCUGCAUUGCAGGUGGGUGGCCACGGAGAGAGGCUGUGUCAGUGCCGGCAGGUAGUUCUCACCACGUCGAAGGCCAUCCCCAUGCAGGUAGAUGGGGAGCCCUGCAAGCUGGCAGCUUCCUGCAUCCACAUCUCCCUGCGCAACCAAGCCAACAUGGUGCAGAAGACCAAGCGGCGCAACUCCAUGCCUCUGCUUAACGACCAGCAGCCGGUGCCUGAGCGGCUGCGAAUCCGAGUGAGCCGAAUCAGCAUGCGUGACUACGAGGCACUGCACUAUGACAAAGAAAAGCUGAAGGAAGCCUCUGUGCCGCUGGGGAUCAUCGUGGUUCCAGGGGACAGUGACCUGGAGUUGUGCCGGACCCAAAUUGAGAGGCUGCAGGAGGAAGGAGAUGGAGCCAAACCAAAGACACUGUCAUCCCAGAAACUGUCACCAAAAUGGUGCUUCCUGGACUCAACCACAGCAGAUCGAUUCUACAGGAUAGAUCGUGCUCAGGAGCACCUCAACUAUGUGACAGAGAUCUCUCAGGAUGAGCUCUAUGUGCUGGAUCCAGAGCUGGUGAUCACCCAGACCGUAGGCACAUCUCCUGCCAUGCCUGAUCUUGUCGACUCAUCUGCCACACCUCCUGGGCACCAUUUUGCUUUCCCUUCCUCUUCCUCCUCUCCACCCUGCUCUCCUGCCCCCAGCACUGACGCUGAGCUCUGCCUCCUGCACAAAGAUGACCUGAUAGAAGCUGCCAAGAGCGGUAACUUUAGCAAGUUCCAAGAGCUGCACCGGGCUGGAAGAGACCUGAUGGUGCGAGACUCCUCUGGCCGAACAGUCCUCCACCACGCCGUCAUAUCAGGGAGCAAGGACAUCGUCAAAUACAUAAUUGAGAAUGCCCCUUCAGAAAUCCUCGAUGCCACAGAGGAGGAGAACGGCGAAACCAGCUUGCACCAGGCUGCAGCUCUGCGCCACCGCACUAUCUGCCACUACAUUGUGGAGGCUGGAGCGUCACUCAUGAAGACUGACCUGCAGGGAGACACCCCGAAGCACAGGGCUGAGAAAGCCAAUGACCCCGACCUGGCUGCCUACCUCGAGAACCGACAGCACUACCAGAUGAUCCAGCGGGAGGACCAAGAGACAGCUGUGUAGCGCUCAGCGUGCCUUAGCCCAAGCAGUUUGGGCAGGACGAGAAGAGGGCAGCACCUGGCAGAGCUGUGAGUCUGGCCCAGCCCUCGCUAUGUGUCAGCCCAGUCCCUGGAGGAGAUGGAGACAGCAGGGCUAUGCCCCAGGUUGGGCUGGAACUCAGUUUAUGAGGACAGUGGGUAUUUGGGACUUGAAGCCCUGCUCUUUGUAUGUCCCCCUUUGCCUCUCAUCCACCAUGUUCCCCGUUCCAGAUGGGCUCCAUCCCAGUGCCCCACUGGGACAGGCAGGGAUGUAGCAAUUGUCACCCUCACACAGGGGGCAGUGGUAGUGCCCCCAGCAGGUUCUUACCUAUGACCCAUGCAGGACACCAUUGCUCACCCCUCUGCCUGCUAGUGGUACCGCUCCAUUAGGCACUUCACCUUGUCCAGAAGAAGCACCAUGAUGUACUGCCUCCGAGUCCUGUUCUCUCUUGUUGGCCUGGGACUGUCCUUGGUCUCUGUGGCAGGAGACAAGUCCCUUGUGUUAGGGAAUGUGUUCCCACCCCUUCCUCAGAGCAUCUGGGUCUGGCACAGCUGGAUGCGGAGCAGCUGCUUUCAGUGCUGGGCCUGUGCUGCUCUCAGGGAUCUUCCCAUGCUCCCAAACUAUGUGACCGCUGCGUAUGGCUUCUGCCAUCCCCACAAAUCAGACUCAGGGUCCUGCAGGGAAUCCUGGGAGGUCCCCCAGCCCAGGCACAAGCGCUCUGGGCAGGCUGCCAGCACACCUCCACAGGUUUUAGCAGAAAGAGGGAUUUGGAUGCAUAGGAAGCAUCAGGAUCCCUAGCCCUGAGUCAUGCAUGUGACAGGAUGGCGUCUGGGGCACCAUCUGCCAUGGGACACGAGGCACCGUCUGCCCUGGAAAAGCCAUGAGUGCUGAGGUAGCACAGCAGCCCUUGUGCAUGCAUUUUUGCAGAGCAGCAGUCCCUGGCUGCAGGGUGCCGGCAGAGGGGGAAGGCAGACGACUGUUGGCAUUGGUGCAUUCAAGCGGGAGGUGUGUGCAAAGCAGGUCUGGGUUGCAGCAUACAGGUGGGGUCCCAGGAGAGGAGGCCGGGGCAUCCCCAAUGUGCACUUGCACCUGACUGUGGCUGUACUGGGUGACACUGCUCACAUCCCCCUACAACACAAAUACUGAAGAAAAAAACGUAUCACGACACCACAAAGAACCACAAUGCUGAUCAGGCUUUAGGUUGGGGCAGAGUUACCUUUGAGGCUAUGGGGCAGCCAGACCAGAGCAGCACGAGGCUGGUGCUGGGGUUCAGCGAUUAAUAUCAUCGCUGUUCCGACGGCGAUGCUCCAGCAGCACCAGGAGUUCCAUCAGCGCUGUUCCCUCGUGGCUGUCAUCUUCCCUAAGGUGCAGACUGCUGCCCCAGCUAGGGGCCCAGCUCCCCCUUAUCCCCAGUUUGUACAUCCCCGUUUUUGUACAGGUAGUUCAGAGACACACUGUCCCCCUCCCCGCCAGGCCCCACACGUGAGCUGAGUUGCUGUGCAAUUCCGAGCCUGGCUGCCGUGUCGGCAGAGGCGGAGGGGUGUUGGUAGCCCUGCCCACAUGGGACAGGGGUUCUGUGCAAUACCCGGUUCGGUGUUCCCAGACGCUGUGGUAGGACCGUAUUUUUGUAACUCUGUGAGUGCCCGCUCUAGCAGGCCCGGGGCCUGGCGUGAGCCCGCGCUCCCAUCGCUUUUUGACUUUUGACUGGAUGUUGUUGUUUCUUGCCAUUGAAAUAAAAGAAAUGGAUGUUUUAAUUCCUUC